AGUCCUACGGAAUUCGCUCGCGGUGCGCCCGUGUCGCAACCAACUGCGUAGCCUGUGUGGCUGAACGACGUUCGAAGUGUAUUCGAUUUUCAAAUGUAAAUAAAAAAAGAACUGUUGUUUAAAAAAUACUAGUGGUUUACACAUCGACUGAUUUUGAAUGCGGAAUUUGAAUUAGAUGACACAAACAUGUGAUGAGCAACAGAACUAGUCAACGUUCUUCACCGCAGCUGAUCUGAGAAAAAACAAACGUUCGAUUUUCGAAAAUUCAAUAUGGCAACGCCCACAAUAAUGACACUCGCCCCGAUAUUAUUAUCAGAUGACGAAAUUAGCAAUUCAACUGAAGUGGCACCACUCAGACAUGACCCAAAAAUGAUGUUUACAGUUAUAAAAGUGGUAUACGCCAUUGGGAUUGUGGGGAACGCCACUGCGAUUAUUGCUUUGCGUUGGGGAGAGAGGAGAGUCAGAAAUAGAAAGCAUCUCUUACUUCUGACAUCUUUGGCUGCUAAUGAUUUGGUCGCUUUGGUUGGCAUGAUGUGCGCGAUGGUUGUAGCCGAACAUGUCCCUGGAGCGAAGAACACGCAACUCUACUGCGCCGCCAGAGUCGUACUCAGGGUGUUCGGCAUCGGCAGCGUCUGCAUAGCUGUCACUAUGGCCUUAGAACGGUACCUGGCGCUCACUAGACCGUUCCUGUAUCAGAAGCAAGUGACGUACUUCGUCAUCCGCCUGGCACUGCUUGUGUCCUGGUUCUGGGCAGCGGUGAUGACCUGCGCGCCUAUAUUCGGUCUGGGCCUAUACUAUGAUGAGGAGAAAGGACAGUGUACUAGAUACCGAAACGCGGUCAACUCCGUCGACUUCGCUUAUGCUGUCUUUUACGUGGUUUUUGGUACAUUACUCUGCGUAAUUCUGGUGUAUUGCAACCUGGCUGUCAUCCAAGCUCUAUACGCCAUCACGGCACCAAGAGCGGGUGGCCAGCCAGUAGUUCGACGAGUCUCCCGCAGCUCAUGUCGUCAAAGGAGCAUGAACUCUGGAAGCAAGCCCAGCUUGAAUCACAAUCCGGCAACAGCCGAAGAAGUUGCUUUUAGCAGACUGAUGGCAACCCUGUCUGUGCUAUUUAUGAUAUGCUGGCUUCCGCAGAUGAUCACCUCUGCACUGUACCUAGGAUUGGGCCAGAAAUAUUGGGGGAAACUGGCCACUCUAGCUAAUCUAUCAGAUAUGUUGAUGCUUCUCAACUACGUCCUCAAUCCUAUACUUUACGUUCUUAUGAGACAACGGCGCACCAUCUAUCAUACCAUAGCGCAUUGCUUCAAAGGGAGCCAUAAAACGUCAACCGAGUCGAUGACGUUGAAGAACUCGUGUUGCCCCCAGGAGACGUUCGUGGUGAGCGACAGUUCUGGGGCCGAGAUGAAACCUCUGCGGAGUCUACCACCGCCCCCGUACAACAACACGCCGCUCGUUAAGAUCGAAGACUGACGCGGGGGGAGAUGCGUCAUGCGUGGUAGAAGGUCGACAGUAAUCAAUGUACCACCGGUAUCGAAAUAACGAACGAUCCGUGAACUCGACUUGAGCACGUGGGUUUAGUUCUAAUGUACUGCUCAAUUCUACGAUAUAUAAACUGACUAGUUGUUCAUAGUAUAACAUGACGAAAUCGAGAAACUUUGUCUACAUGCAAAUGUCACAUUUCACGGGUUAUUGGUAAUGUGAGCAUGACAAACUCAAUAAUGAAAAUGAAAAUGAAAAUGAAUUUAUUGCGACAUUACCAGAACAUAUUAAUGAAACAAUAAUAUUCACUGUCUUCUAUUAUUGCCAUAACCCGUUUAGUUUCUCGAUCUACAACCGAUUUUCUUCCGUCAUGCUUUGCGUGUUGGUUAUAUACACAAUACAAAACUGACAAAGUUAGUAUAAUCUAUUUUGACAGUAAAAUCUAUUUCGGAAAAUCAUUUUGUUUAUUUAACCUUUUGUAUCGUUGUGUGUCUUUUUAGGAAGUCCAAUUAAACAAUUGAAAAUUAGGGAAUGUUUUAAAAAAUUGAGUAACUUUCAAACCUUAAUAAAACUAAUUUCUUCGUCUAUUUCUACAUCAUUAUGUUAAUAAUACAAUAACAAAAAUGUAAUACUAGUGGGAAAACGAAAGUAAUAUAUUUUUAUAGUCAAAUAAAAUAAACUUUAUUAGUCAUCGUAGAAAUGAGCAGCAGGACCACAAAAAGUAUCUUGUGGCACAUCUGUUUUAUAAUCUUUGUCGACCACUCUGUGGCAAUGUAAUCUAUGAUAUUUUGUAUUUUGUAAGUGGCACUUCAACAUCAAAUAGUCUGAAAGUAAACUCAUAACUGUGAACACGUUUAUUUACCGAUCCUUCGUAUAAAUAGAGUCAGAUAGUAAACUUCAUUUCGGUAAAGUGGUGACCCCGACGUGAUCCAAUCGCGCACCCAAAAAUAUAAUUUAUUCGUAAAAAAACAAAUAAUAUAAAACAGAUGUGCCACAACCUAAUCUAACGUGCAUCAAGAUCUGAAGUUCAACUGCUUUUAUUGUAUUUCCUUUUUAUAUAAGAUCCUACAUAAAAGCAAUUUGUAUUUUAAGAACGAGACCAUUUUAUAGAAAAAAAAAAAACAUUUUUCGCAAGUUUUAAUUUUCGUUCGUGUUGAAAGAUAAAUUUGACCGCUUGAACUUAUGGAUAAUAAAGAACUUGGAUGACAAACCUCUUUAAGUAAAUUAAGCAAUCCCCUCGUGUUAUGGACUCAAUUGUCUUGACAAAAACUUUGGCCCGACAUAAUGUUCAGAAUCGGAGGAUGAAACUGAAAUGUGGCCAGGGGAAUUUUUUAUUCAAAUGCAACCCUCAUUUCAGUUUCAGCUCGAUUAUUUUGUCUACAAAAUCUAUGGUCCAGGAAAAUAAUAGAAAAAAAAUAGCUUGUUUUUUAAAUAAUAUUUUAUUUGUCAAUGUUUAUUUAUAGUUAAUUUUUAUAAUAUGUGGGAUCUUAUUUAAAACAGUAAACUCCGUCCACUAGUCAAAUUGUUAAAAUAUACCAAAUAAUUACACAAUAAUUUCGAAUUUUGUAUAUAAGUCAUAAUUGAUGAUGAGAAAUUAUAUUCCGCUGAAAAACUAUAACAUAUAAAAUCACUUCAUUAAAUUUAUCUUUUUAAAUAAAAAUAAUGAAAGUGACUUAUGUGUAAGUACUUAAGUACAUUAGUGUAAAUAAUAUAAUACAUAGUGUAGAAAACAAUAUCUAGUUGUAAGUGCUCUGCAGUGCUACAGAGCGAUUCAGUAAAAAUCUGAACCCGAAUUAGGAUUCACGUCAUUUAGAAAAGAAAUCCUAUUGAUUCCAUUUUAGUAUUAAAACACAAAACCUUAUUAAUUAUAUGUGUCUCAGAUAUUCUAUUCCUAUUCGGAUAUGGAUUUUUACAGAAACGC